CGCAACUGGCUUCCCAUCCGGUCGAAUCAUCAGUGGUCAUGGGAAGUGUUCCAUUCUGCGACUGUGCACAGGCCUGCAGCGAGCAAGCGCGGGCAAAGAAGAAGCACCUAGAGACUGAGCGGCUACAGGCGGCUCGAACUCUCUUUGAGCUCACAGAUUUGAACGGAGAUGGGCUCAUCUCAGUUGAAGAGUUUGCGCUGAUGGGCCUUCUGCAGACAAAGGUUCACAAGGAGAGGGCAAUGACCGUCGAAGAGGAGGAGCAGAUUAAGAACAUCUUUGUUCAGCGAUUCGGGCGUGACAUCAACGCCGACCUGCGGCCGAUUGCCUAUGCCGAGUACAAGGACUACAUUUUGUGGUUCGUGAAUAGCAUGGACCCUGGAGACAUGCAGGCCCAGUCACUGAUCUGGGACGGCAUGGUGGUGGAAGCCACAACGGCCCGCCAGAUGGCCACGGAGAACUCCUCGCUCUAUGUGGCACCGAUGCUGCCAAGUCUCCUCACCAGUUUGGGCCAAAAUUGCCCAUCCCCGAAGCUCGUUCUGAGCCGGAUCUGAAGAGACCAUGGCGAUGGAAACUGAUGGAAACUGAUG